AUGAAAAAACGUCAAUCAUAUGGUCAUCAAAUGGCAGGAAGAAAAUUAAAAUUUGUGAAGGUUGAUUUGGUUGCUCGUCGAGAAUAUUUGCUUGAAGAAAAAGAACAAUCAAAUGAACUCUUAAUGCUAUUGUGUCAACAAGCAGAAUCAAUGCGUGUAUUAACUAACACAACACAUUAUGAUUAUGGUCACAUUAAAAGUAAAAUGGAUUUAACAUAUUUUAUUCGUGAAAUCAAUGUUCAUUCUGAUCCAUUUUAUGGUGAUAUUGUUCAAGCAUUAAAAUCAAGUUUUACAAAAUUGGAAGCAAUUGAUGCUUAUCCAACGAUACAAAUACAAACAGUUCAAAAUAUUAAAAAUUAUUCCAUUGUUAUUGAAAACAACUCAAUUAUUACGACGAAUUCACAAGCUGAAGCAAUUGCUGUU